CUAAAAUACAAACGAAGAAGAACUUCAGGGUCUGUGUUUACACGCAGGUAUCCUCUCUUCACCAUGUCCUCCCCAGAGAUCGCCUCUCUUUCCUGGGGCCACAUGAAGGUGAAGGGAUGUGGCUCCAGCUACAAGGACUGUAAGGUCUGGCCUGGAGGCAGCCGGGCCUGGGACUGGAGAGAGACCGGCACCGACCAUUACCCCGGAGUCCAGCCCGCUGAUCUGGAGGAGGUGCUGCAGAAGGGAGUCGACUUGCUGGUCAUCGGCAGAGGCAUGAGUGAGGCUCUCCAGGUUCCCUCCUCCACGGUGGACUUUGUGAAGCAGAAAGGUGUCGACGUCAGAGUCCUCCAGACGGAGAAGGCGGUCGCUGAAUACAACAAACUGGCCGGACAGGGCGCCAAGGUGGGCGGAGUCUUCCACUCCACCUGUUGAUGGUGUCAACCGUCCCUUGCUGUGCCGCGUGUGGUUGGGGCAGUUUCUUUUGUCAGACGCACAUAAAGAAGGGGCAGAGCUUUGCCUCGGGGACUCUUGUCCAGUUUGAUCUGCAUGUUUAUCAACUUUGCAAAUUAAUUUCAGCCUAGAUUCAGCUCUAGAGCUUUUGGCAAAUGUACAGGAAUCUGCAGAGGUCGUCUUGGUGUGAGUUCACUGCAGCAACUCUUCUGCACAGAUCAGCUUCGUUUCAUAUGUGCAACCAUUUAUGAACACAGUGUGCAGCGAUGCACACGGCUCCCAUCUAACUUUAAAAAUAGUUUUACUCCCAAAUAGGACUAAAACACAGCCCUUCUCUGUUCCAACAUUUUUUUAUUAUUGUUGUAUUGUUCAAAGGCAGAUCAGAACUAUUCAGCGUCCUUCAUUAUUAAAGACACAACAGCAAAUACAUUGAUCUGCAUCAAACUCUAGACACUGUUUUUUUGAAUUUAGAAAGAACCUUUUGUGCCAUGCUUUUCAUUUCUUGGCCAAGUUACAGGAAACAAUAGGAAUCUCUUCCCCUGGUAAAGUUCCUGAACCUUUGAUUUUGUAAAAUAAAGUAUCUGAAACAUAUAGUAGAAAAAAGAGCAGCUCUUUGUGUAUUUGAUUCCAGAUAAAGAUGAAAUCCACAAACACCAUCUAAUAGCUAAUGAGAUUAUUUUAGGAGAAAUUGAAGAUGCACAAACCUGCAGGUGACCUCAGAGGCCAACUUUGUGGAAUGUAUUGUGAUGAUAUGGUGGUGAUAAUAAAAACAUUUUCUCAUGAGAGGAAAAUGUAUUUUCUGCUUGUUUGCUACACAAAAUAAAUAUAAUGAAUCAUC